AUGUACCUCCCGAAGCUACCUCAGUCGAAGCGGCGGAAUCACUUCAGUUUUGAUCGCUCGAAGCAGGAUCUUUACACGACCACGAUAAUUACCGUUGUGAUUCUGAUCUCGGCCGUGCUCAUCACGAUAAGCAAAAUGCGCGGGCGGGAGCGGCAAUCGCAGUUCGAGCUCAGCCGCAAGCAUCAGGACCGGCGGGUGGUGAUUUUGGGCGCGGGCCUCGGCGGCUGCGCGUUGGCCGCGACGCUCUGCAAUGCCGACCCCGAACUUCACGUGACCGUCGUCGAGCGGAGCCGGCGGCAGGUCUUUCAGGGCAUUGUCCCCCUUGCCCACGUCGGGCAUCGCAGCUACGACCUCAACACGACGGGCGGGGUGGAUUUCUUGACCUCCCCCGUCACGUGGAAUAUCACGCGGCGGGCGGAUAUGGUGCUCGGCGAGGUCCUGAAGGUCCGGCCGGACUCGCAAGAGGUCAUCGUCCGCGUGGAGACGGAAGGGCGGUUCGCGAACCCGAAAGGCGCCAUCUCGAACAAGGAGACUGAGAAUUCGUCGCCAUGGUGGCGACGGCUCACGCGCGGAUCGACGCCAAUCACGCGAAACUCGGACGGGACCAUUUUCCUCCCGGAUGGGUGUGUGUCCUACCCCUAUGACGUCCUUGUGGUCGCCUCGGGGGCUCAACGCGAUUUGGGACCGCUGAAGAACUCCCUGAGUAUCGAGAGUUUGGAUUCCUAUCGCAUUGCGGUGAACCCUGGCGUAACACGGGACUCCCUCGUUCACUUGUUUAAAGGAAAUGUGCUCCACAUUAAAGUCCCCCCCGCUUCUUUUGUCAGUCAAAUCGAAGCGAUCCGAAAGAAGCUGCUACCUCCAGCGAUCCGUGUUAGCGAAGAGGAACUGAAGGCGGUCUCUAGGGUGAAUCUCGAAAAAGAUGAUUAUUUCCCACUCUUAGCCACACUCACAGAGAAGGCCAGCACCGACGAGACUCAUGGGAAUGCGGCCCCCACGCCAUCCAUCACCACAAACUCCUUUCUCAAGGCAUGGUGCUCUUGCAAGCGUCAAACCCAUGCGGCCGCAUUGUCGUCCGAGUCGAAUCCCGAUGAGUCUCCAUCACCGAAUUUUGCCCCGUAUAUGCAUUACGCCGCUCGACAACAUGAAAGCACUUUUGUUUCUUCAACCAACCUUAUAUGGAAGUUCUUAGAAGAUUUUUCAAAAUUCAGUUUUUGCACUCUCUACACCAUCGUGGCCGAUGCGGAACCGAUGGGUUCCGCGCCGGACUCAGUUAAUAAGAUCAUUCGAGACCAUUGGUUGAGGAUGCAGAAGAAAAGUUACCGCGUGUUGAGGCCAACAUCGGUUUCCAAUGAUCUGGAAAAUGGCACGAUGCCUGAAAAGACCUUGGCGGAGCAGCGUUUCUUUUUCUUAUCUCACAUCUACCCCAUUAAUAUUGACUUGUUAAAGAAUGAAGUGACUUUGUACAACUACGCCUACAAUGCGCUGAUUUCGCUUCCGUAUGGGUUGAUACUUUUGGAUCUUCCGGUGCACGCCCCGAGCUUUAUCCGCGAAAGCGGUCUUCACCGAACGCACUACGCAAAGGAACACGUGCCCUCUUUCCUAAGUACCGGUUGGUGGCAUGCCGUGGCGUCGAAGAUGGCAAAUCAUGCGGACCACCCCAACGCCUUGGAGUGGAUGAAAAAGGUGCGGAGGAUGCCCGCCGUGCGGGAUUGUUUUGGCGAUGAGGAGGGCUUUAUGGACGUGUUCCCCGAUACCCUUCAGCAUUGCCGCUAUGAGAACAUUUUCGCCCUCGGGGAUGCUGCGGGGCUCCCGACGAUGAAGAGCUACGGCUCCACCCUCGCGCAGGUUCCCGUCGUCCUGCACAACAUCCUGCAGGUGAUUCACAAGCAGAAGAUUCUUCAACGCCUCGCCGAGGUCGAAAUGAAAAAUGAAUUGGGGACUUCCCGCGGUGGUGUAAAGUCAAGCGCAUUGGCGCUCACACCACACGUGGAGUCUCAAGGGACUCCUCCCGGGGGAAUUCAAAUCCAGGGGAAUAUCCCCGAGGCGAACGCACGCUACGACGGGUACACUUCUUUUCACCUUGCCAUGUCCAUUUGGAGGGCGAUGUGGCCGGAGAUGAAAUACAAUCGCUCGCAGAUUGAUGCUUUCAAGGUUUUUCACCAAGCCAUCGGCACCGGAUCUAGGACGAAAAAGAAUAAAGGGAAACUACCCUUCAUGGGAAAUGAGGAUCCUUUUUGGGUUGGAAGUCGGCCCCUCAAAUACUGUAAUUACCAUAUUUGGGAUAAUCUUGCAUGGAAAGAUCACCGCGGCUUUUUAAACGCGCUGUUCUAUCAGUCAUUUCUUUAUGAAAUUCUGUUCUUUUUUAUGUUAACUUCAGGUGCCUGGUAUCCUCCAGGAUGGUUUUUCGUGCCCAGAUUUUCUCCUGUUGAUGGCUCCAUCGAACCUACCCGAUCGAAGUUUGAUUGGUUGUAG